UGUAAGUAUAGAUAAGGAAAAGGAGGGUUGUAGAACCCUCAUGCAUAUGCAUAAGGUAUUAGGACUGGUCAUAACAACAGGAUAUGUUCAUGGUGCGGACAGGGUGGGAAGACGGUAGCAGGAAUCACUCCUCUGUUGAUGACCACCUGCUGAGAGAGCCAUCAGACUCAACUCUGUCUUUGGGGAUAACCAACCUGCUCAGAAGGCUCCUGUUGCAGAGGGCUUGCUUUUCCCUUCCCUCUGGUGAAGGCCUUGUGGAUUACAGCAUGAGAAGAUUGACCAGGAAGAAGGCUGAGGAUCCCAGGAAGAAGUAUCUCUUUGUUCUUGCCGUUGUCCUGCUGCUCAGCUCAGCAUGUGCAGGGCAUGAGACCUAUGUCCCAGCACAGCCCUGCUCUGACUUUCAGACUGCAAGCUUCUUACAGGACAGGAAACUUAACGUCCAGUUUCUUCUGUUCACCUCCUCAAACCCCAGUUGUGGGCAGCUGAUAUCACUUGACGAUGACAUCAAGAACUCCAACUUCAAUACUAGCCUGGACACCAAAAUAAUAAUCCAUGGCUUCAGAGCACUUGGCACAAAGCCCUCCUGGAUCAAUGGACUCGUUGGUGCAUUAUUUCGAGCUGCUAAGGUGAAUGUGGUCGCAGUUGAUUGGGUUCAUGGAGCUACAAGAACCUACUUUGGUGCUGUGGAAAAUGUCAUGAAGCUGAGCAUAGAGAUCUCUUGUUUCAUCAGCAAGUUGCUGGCACUUGGAGUGUCAGGGACAUCUGUGCACUUCAUUGGGGUGAGCCUUGGAGCACAUGUUGCAGGUCUGGUGGGGCAGUUCCAUGGAGGCCAGCUGGGAAGGAUUACAGGACUGGAUCCUGCGGGGCCCAAGUACACAAAAGCCAGCUGUGAGGAGCGCCUGGAUCCUGGAGAUGCUCUCUUUGUGGAAGCCAUUCACACUGAUACAGACAAUUUUGGUAUCCGGAUUCCUGUAGGCCAUAUUGAUUACUUCAUUAAUGGAGGCAAAGACCAGCCUGGAUGCCCCCGCUUCAUCUCAUUAGGGUAUAACUAUCUGAUCUGUGAUCACAUGAGGGCGGUACAUCUCUAUGUCAGUGCCCUGGAGAAUUCCUGUACUAUGAUGGCAUUUCCAUGCUCAAGUCAUGAACAUUUCCUUGCUGGCCACUGCCUGGACUGUUUCAAUCCUUUCCUGCACUCCUGUCCCAGAAUAGGGCUGUUGGAGCACGGUGGAGUUAGCAUGGCAAAGCUCCCCAAGGAGGUGAAGGUUUACUUGGUGACCGCUUCCUCAGCCCCGUACUGCAUGUACCACAGCCUGGUGGAGUUUCACUUGCAGCAGAGUAGAAGCUUGGUCACCAACCUUGAGAUCACCUUCCGCAGCAGCAACUCUACAGCCAGCGUGAAGAUCACCAUCCUAAUGUUGCAGACCAAAGAAGUUUAGAUGAAUUCAGAUAAGCAGCCAACCUUCUGGAGCUUGAACAGACACAAAUCAAACCUCUGAGUUACAUGCAAGUUCAGCCCAGGAAAGUCUAAGGCCAGGUCUAUAUUUCCCAACAAUGUGUGUGUGGGUGCUUGGAUCUGGGCCCCACUCUACUCUAAACCUUGGUGGCUCAAUCAUGACUAUUUGACCUCAACAGCCAUUUGGGUCAUUUAAGUAUGUCCACUAGGUGGCGUGUGAGCUCAAGAAGGACAGGACACAUGGGAAUUGGUUGGGUUACAGGUAGAGCUGUCUGAGAAUACAAAAUUUGUAUCUGUAUCCGAUCCGCACUUAAAUAGGUGACCAGACUUUCAAGCAUGCUGAACGCUCAGCAGCUCCCAGGGACUUCAGUAGGAUUUGUAGGUACUCAGCAGUGCUGAAAACAUGUUGAGGUUGGGGUUUUUUCAUGCCUAAAUAUGGAGUUAGGACCCUAACUGUAGACACCCAGCUUUGAAAUGUUUGGCCAUCAUGCGCUCAGUCCCGCAGAGCCUCCACACACAGCACUCCCGUUAAAGUCAACCAGAGUUUCCCACACACAGGAUUACUGGCGAUAAACCAACCCUCUUUGAAAUCCAGUGACUCUCUUCCCAUUUGGGGGGGGUGCAUCCCACAUGUUGAAUACAUGCUUCAGAAAGAAGGAUUUCCCUUGGUUUGUUUUACAUUUUCUUACUAAUCAUUUCUCUUAUUUUAUUUUCUGAGAACUGCAAACCAGACACAGUGAGCCAAAUUCCUUCCCAUGUAACUCCACUAAAAUCAAUGCUAUUACAGUAGAGAUUAAUAGACCUCAUUGUUCUUUAUAAAACAGGCUUUGUCUUAGUGGAUCUGAUCAAUAGUCCUUACAGUCCAUUACCCUCUUGCUGGCAGUGGCCAGCACCUGAUGUUUCAAAGAAGGCAACAUCCCCCACCCCACGCUUUUCCCACUUCAUAAUGCUCCUGGCCUUCUGUGCAAUGUUUAGUGCUGUAUUUGAUGGAGUGUCAGGAUAGGAUUACAAGACAGAGGAACAGAGGAGUGAAUAUUUGCUGAUCUGGGGGAGCUGCUUUGAUCAUGUGGUAUAAGAAGAAAGAUACACACCCACACCCACACAUUCUCCAGCCUUUGAAGAGGAAGGUCAUAUAACACAGAGAGGUCCCCUUGGAGUAGGAGGGGGUCUAUUGGGACAGAGCCUCCCACCUCUCAUGAAGUGUAAGAUUGCCAUAGAAGGAUCCUUAGAUCUCACCAAGUUCUAUGAGGGUUCCUGUUAACAACCCCACCAUCUCCAAUGUUUUAGUAGACACGCU